AUGGAGUACCACGCUGUCCCACCAGAGGAGCGCGCCAGAGACGAGAAGGGCAACCUUCUCCCUUGGGGUUAUGUCCACAAAGACGAAACUCGCAACCCUCGACGACCGGCGGAAGAGUCAGGUCCCUUUGGCAAAAGGAGAAAUGCUCGAUACGAUAAUGCCCGCUCACGAACACGAACUGGAACGCCCGCAAAGCGAGAAAAUCCCAAUGUCUCCGAGUUUGGGCGACUAUUCGCGAUGCAGCAGGACGAGGAGAAACCACAUGGCUUGCCCAAGUCGGCAUCGUCAAACAGUCUCGACAACCCACGCAAACAAAAGGAGCUGGUUGCGACUGAGUGCAUACUAUACGGAUACAGGGAUAAGGAUCACGAGUGGAAAGUCAUCGAUAAAUACGAGCGCAUUUCACAAGGUAUGAUCUGCGAGGACUACCCUCGCACCGAUCCCAACGCUUCAAACCAAUAUACCCAGCUGUUGAGCGGCGGCGACGUCGUGAUCCGCAAUCUCUCCGCCGAUGCCAACCGCAAAUCCAAGCGUUACGCCGGUGGCCUCCACUGGAUCAAGGUCACAUACGACUCGACAGAUGCGGCAGAUCGCGCAUGCUUCUACUCGCCGCAGACAAUCGACGGACACGAGGUCUUCUGUGAGCUCUACCACGGCCACGGUCCGGCAGAGGAUGCCCCAAUUCCUGCAAACUCACUCGCGAACCCUCGACAGCAUCGCUCUGCGCGCACGCUGACCAGCUCUCACUCCACCGCAUUCCUGUCCAACCCCAGCCGAGACCAGGAGCGCAUGACAUUGCCCCGUUCAUUUGCUAUGAACAACCUCUCCAGCGUCACGGACGCCCCAGAACUCGAAGGUCAAUCCAAUGACUCUUCCACCCUUGCCGACACCGACACAAUCACAUCCACCGCAACAUCCGCCACCGCAACCGCCACCUCAUCCUUCCAGCAAGGCGUAACAACCUCACACUCCACAUGGUCUUCGGGCACCAGUACCGACCAAGGGGCAGUGAACCGCCGUCCAGGCCCUGCGGCUGUAGCCGACCACGCUCCCGAGAGCGAAUUCAUGACGCAUAUCCCGACCGUGCGCCGUACGAAGCUACGCCCUCUCGCCGAGGCCCUUCCCCCACAACCUACGAUGACAGAGCGUGUCUUGCGCUCGAUCCCCAUUCUUAGCUGGUUCACGGGGGACAUUGUGGGCGAGGGACCGAUACUUGGUGAGGACGGCCAGUUCGAUUGGGAUACGUCGAGUCUGUAUUGGAGAUUUUGGUACACAUUCGAUUGUCUCUUGCACACCGAUAUGUGUGGGUUGAGGGAGGAAAAUUAA